ACGACCAGACUGCCCCGUGAUGGGGAGAUCUUGGGGGUGGACUACAACUUUGUCUCCAUAGAAGAGUUCUUCUCUUUGGAGGAGUCAGGGGCUCUUCUGGAGAGCGGCAAGUUCAAAGGUGAGGAGAGGAGAGGCAUUUAUUCACUAAGUCAUCUCUCUCUGACCUCAACUGCAUUUCAAUUCAUAGACAUUCUUUCAUGAUUAAUGCACUGUAGGUAGUAUACUGUAUAUUGCAGAUAGAGGAUGCUAGUCUACCUAUAGAGGUAGAGAGCAAACCCACAAACCAAUCCACACAGUCUCUUACCAGGCAGGCACAUAGCUGGUGAAUAUUAUUCAUAUAAUGGGAUCUAUGAACAUUUACUCAGAGGAACCCUAAUUAUUUCCAUGCAGUUAAUGACACCAAGUAUUGAACAGGUCUCAGUCUCUCCACCCUGCACAACCCACCCCAGUCAGGGGAGGGUUAAAGUUGGACCGCUUCCUCUGAUUAAAAAGGCAACUCCGCAUUAGCAUACAUAAUUCAUAUGAGUUUAAAGGGCACAAUAAAUGCCAUCUUCACUUUGCUUCACAUGUAACAUUGACGACUGUACGGCUCCUGCAAAGCAAUCAGGAGAAUCAGCGAGUCUGCAGUACAGUUACACUAUGGUGGGAUAACCUUGACGAGUACAACAGUACCCUAACGUUUCUCCUUACCCUGAUCUGACUGUAUGAGCAGUAGGAAUAGAUUUAAGAAAUGUGAUUUGUACUCUAGCUGCCACAACAGAAGGAUAGAAUUAAAGAAGGAGAAAAUAGAGUAUAUUUUACUGAUCCCAAGGUUGGAUGGUAAUCUAUGUGAUGAAUGCAUUGCACUGGAACACUUCCAUCAUAAUAUUUAGGAUUUACUGUAUUUUCUAUAUUUCGUAUAAUGAUAGCCAUUACAGCUGUGUGUCUUUACCUCUUAUCUUUUUUAUCCUUUUCACAAUCAUAUUUGUUUUAUUUAUUUAUGUAUUUUUAUUCUUGUCACCGAAAGCCAAAAGUACCAAUAUGCUUCUAACAAUAAAAAUAUAUCUUAUUCCCUCACUUUCUACGUCACUCCCUCUGUUCUCUCUCAGGGAACUACUACGGCACCCCCCGGCCAGUACACAUCGGUCCAGAGAGCCCUCCCAUCACCUACCAGGAACACCGCAACCUGCUCCGGAACUUCCGAACACGCAGCAAGUCACUUAGUAACCUGGAGAAAGCAGCCGAGGAGGGGGAGAACAGCGAGGAAGACUCUGGCCUGUCAGGCAGGUUUACCAAAGACAGACUGCCCCGUUAGACUAUAUGGGUGACCAAUCUACCACAGUCAUAUAGUGGUAGUAAAUAGUAGUAUUAGUAGUAGUAGUAGUAGUAGUAGUAUUAAUAGUAGUAGUAGUUAUACUAAAAGUAUAGUAAGUAGUAGUAAUAACAGUAGUGGUAGUAAAUAAUGUGUAAUUCAAAACCUUUUUGUGAUUUUAAGUUGACAAAAUGUGUGAUUUGUUUUCCGCCAUUUUGUUUAGCUAAGUAUGGUGGCCAACAGCUACUUUAAACUGUAAAGACUGCCUUGUCCCUCUGUACCUCAGAGUUUUUGAUGGCCAAAUUAAUGAUUAGCAUGAUUAGUAUGCUCCUAGCUCUUUGUGGGGCUGUGGCCGCAUCGAUCGCUGGACCUGCUCCAGAGGAGGGUCUAGCUGACCACGGGCAGGCUAGGCUGUGUGGCAGGCAGGGAGCAGGCAGAGAGCAGGAAGCUGUCCAUGAUCCUGACCUGUGCUGCUGAGUCAUCUGUCGCCUGGUUGGGUGGUGCUAAACAGAGCGCUUGCUGGGCUGGCUCUGACUGCAGCUCUGGGUGUGCAGCAGGCCACAUCCUCCCACGCCUAGUACAUUCUAAAGGACAGGAGGGUCGGGCAAAAGCUGUUUACAUAUAGUUUAAAGUUGUAUUAGUCGUAUGUACGGGAUACGCAUGGUAUACAUCUUCCAACUAAAUGCUUACAUGCAGUUUCCUUCUAUGCAAUGCAACAACAAUAAGAAAUAGUAAAAAAUAAGAAUACUAACAUCAAGUAAAUGGCAGCAGAAUAGAAUAAACAUUUUAGCAUAAUAAUAAUACUGGAAGGCACAAUUUAUAGUACAAUAUUUACACGUGUAUUGGGGAAGGGUGGGAUGGGGGGAAAGUGUAUAAAUCGAGCAGUAUAACAUGAUUUUGGUAGCAGCAGUUGUGAUGUGUGUGUAGCAUGAAUGUAUAUGUGGAUGUGUGUAUGAGUGAGUGCAUGUGUUGUAAUGUGCAGAGAAUCAGAGCAGGUGGUCAGUCCAGUUCAAGUGUUCAGCAAUGUGAUGGCUUGUAGAUCGAAACUGUCUCUGAGCCAGUUGGUAUCAGACCUCAUGCUCCAAUAUCGUCUGCCCGACGGUAGGGAAGAGAACUGCUCGUGUCGGGUCCUUGAUGAUGCUGUGUGCCUUCCUCAGUCACCGUUUUGAGUAGAUGUCCUGGAUGGGUGGGAGCACGGUCCCAGUGAUGUACUUGACCGUCUUCACCACCCGGUGGAGGGCCUUGCGGUUGUGGACGGAGCAAUUCCCGUAUCAGCCCGUGAUGCAACCGGUCAGAACGCUCUCGAUGGUGCAGCAGUAGUAUUUGGAGAGGACCCGGGGCGGCAUGCCGAAUUUCUUCAGUGAUGUGUAUACCGAGGAACUUCGAACUCGUGACUCUCUCUACUACAGUCCCAUUGAUGUGGAUUGGGGCAUUUUCCCUCCUAUGCUUUCUGAAGUCAACAGUCAACUCCUUUGUUUUGCUGACGUUGAGGGAGAGGUUGUUGUCAUGUCACCACAAUACCAGUUCACUUACCUCCUCACUACAGGCUGACUCGUCAUUGUUGGUUAUCAGGCCUACAACCGUGGUGUCAUCAGCAAAGUUGAUGAUGGAGUUGGUGUCGUGCAAAGCCACGCAGUCAUGGGUGAACAGGGAGUACAGCAGAGGACUGAGGACACACCCCUGUGGGGCCCCUGUUUUAAGAACCAGUCUGGAGGAGGUGUCGUUGCCAAUCCUCACAGCCUGUGGUCUGCCCGUCAGGAAGUCCAGGAUCCAGUUGCAGAGGGUGGUGACCAGACCCAGGGCUCUGAGCUUGGUUUUGAGCUUCGAGGGAACAAUAGUGUUGAAUGCUGAACUGUAAUCAAUGAACAGCAUUCUCACAUAUACCAUGCGUUGUACUGUAAUGUAUGGAAUGCAUGCCUUGCUUUUUUGCGAUUUUUGCGAAACACUGGGUAUGGAUUUGUAAAUGUGGAUUUAAAACUAAAUUCAGUGUAGCCUAUUUCCAUGAUUUCAGAGAGUAAGUUAUUCAAUGGUUCUAUUUUCACUGAGUGUAGGCUAUCUGAGAACUUCUAGAGUAAUUUUGCCUGUCCUCUUUAUUGACGUUCCAGGUGGAUUAGCGGGUAUCAGCAAUGCCCAUCCCGUCGCCUUGUCCAGAGGGUCCAGUGGGGGGGAUGGCAGUGCCAUGGAGAACGGCCAUGGCAGCACCAGUGCCAGUGUGCGAGCAGUGAUGCCUAAAAACUGGGAGGUGGCCUACAGCGACUCAGGAGAGCCUUUCUACAUAGAGUGAGUGACUAUUCUAUUCUAUUCCAAAUGGAUAGACCACUCUUUUGUAUGUUUUUUUGUUUUGUUUGACUGGUCCAGGAUCAGUUUCCUCUAUAUCUUGAAUGUGUUGACUUGGAAAUACUGUUAUAUAGCAUUACCAUGGUGAUUGAUUGGUGACUUUGAGGUGGCCUGUCUGUCACUCUCUUUCAGCCAUAACUCCAAGAUAACCAGCUGGCAGGAUCCUUGUGCACAGAGCAGCAGAGAGACAACGCUUGACAAGAAUACAUGUGAGCUCUCUCCCAUGGAAACAUUGCUGGAGCGUUUAACCCAGGGUUUCCCAAACUCGGUCCUCGGGACCCCAAGGUGUGCACGUUUUUGUUUUUUGCACUAGCACUACACAACUGAUUCAAAUAAUCAACUAAUCAUCAAGCGCUGAUCAUUUGAAUCAGCUGUGUAGUGUUAGGGCAAAAACCAACACGUGCACCUCUUGGGGUCCCGAGGACUGAGUUUGAGAAACGCUGGUUUAACCGUUGCACUGCCUUAUGAUGCUGUCUGUACAUUAAUUAGACUAGGACCAUAGGCACAGUGAGGCUGUUAAUAGAGUCGAAUUAAAUGAAAUGAGCUUUUAGUAGAAUUUAGAUAGUGUGUAGUGAUUAAGCCCUAACCCCACAGCAAGCCAGAACCUGGAACCAAUGGCAGGGAGCCAUUUUGCUAGCUGCUAUGUCUGACAGAGGCCAUGUGUUGGGCAUGACACUGACAACCUACUAUCAUAAUUAUAUUAUGUUAUUCACAGAUAACACAAUAAUGCAUAAACGUUUGACUAUUAUAGCUGAUUAUAGCAGUGAGAGAUCCAAUCUGCCAUAAUACCAUGGGUAAACUGGUCUGAAUCUAUUGAGUGAGUUGCAGUUUAGUGUUUUAACCAGCAGGAGGCGAAACAGAUCAGCCAGAGAGUUUGUAUCCUUUCAAGGUGCUUGAAUCUUCUCUGUGGGACAUUAUGAUAGGGCGGAAAAAACACUUUCCCUGCAUGUCUAUUUAUUUCUAAACGUUUUGCACUAAGUGCCAUCUGGCCAUGAGUUUUCAGUGUUGUGCAUCUCUCAACUCAGCUCUAAAGGGCACAUUCUAAGCAGUUCACACAUUCACACACACAGGGUGCAACCGCUCUCUGUCUCUCUCUCUCUGUUGUGCUCUAAACCACUUCAUAGUGUCCUUUAUUUCCUCUUUACCUUCCAAUUGCACAAAACCUCUCUGUCUUUCCACCUCUCUGUUGUAAGCCUCUCUCUCUGUGUUUCUUUGCCCUUCUCACUCUUUUCUCUAUCGUUUCCCCCUCUCUUUCCAUCCCUCCAUUGCUCUUUCUCAGUACCAGGGUUCACAGACCAGCCAGGGGAGCUGAGGGGUUUCUCUAUCCACACACGCUUCUCUAAAGGUCCCAGGGGGUUUGGUUUCAACAUUGUGGGGGGCAGCAGAGCCAGGGAGUUCCUCCAGGUCUACAGCGUCACGCCAGGGGGACCUGGAGCUCUCAACACAGGUAGGAGAGGAGGCAGAAGGGAGGCGAGGGACAGGACAAUAUACAGAGAUGAAUGUCAUUUAUGCAAAGCUGUAGAGUUCUGAAUGUAUUGAGAAUGUGAUUUGAAACAGCAAAAAUGCAUUAAAAUACUUUUCUAGGGAUAUGUUAGAUUCGGCUUCCCUAUGUUGAUAUCAUGUUCCUCGUAAAUGCCCUCCCAGGCCCACUCAAGACUGCACCCUUGCCCAGUCAUGUGAAAUCCAUAGAUUAGGGCCUAAUACAUUUAUUUCAAUUGACAGAUUUCCUUAUAUGAACUGUGACUCAGUAAAAUCUUAUAAAUUGUUUUGACCAGUAUACUGUAUAUAUACAUUUCUCUCUCCCUCCCUCUCUCCCUCAAUCUCUUUCUCUCAUUCUCUCUCUCCUCAUUGGAGAUGGAUUAUAGUAGUGGGAUUUAUCUGUGAUCUCUCACAGAGAGUAUAUCUUAAUCGAUCCCUAAUCCUAAUGGCGUGCAUGCCAUAAUCUAGCUCUAUCAUCACAUGCAGCAACAAAUGUACAUACAGUACCAGUCCAAAGUAUGGACACACCUACUCAUUCCACGGUUUUUCUUUAUUUUUACUAUUUUCUACAUUGUAAAAUAAUAGUGAAGGCAUCAAAACUAUGAAAUAACACCUAUGGAAUCAUGUAGUAACCAAAAAAGUGUUAAACAAAUCAAAAUAUAUUUUAGAUUUUAGAUUCUUCAAAGUAGCCACCCUUUGCCUUGACAGCAUUGCACACUCUUGGCAUUCUCUCAACCAGCUUCAUGAGGUAGUCGCCUGGAAUGCAUUUCAAUUAACAGGUGUGCCUUGUUAAAAGUUAAUUUGUGGAAUUUCUUUCCUUCUUAAUGCGUUUGAGCCAAUCAGUUGUGUUGUGACAAGGUAGGGGUGGUAUACAGAAGAUAGCCCUAUUUGGUAAAAGACCAAGUCCAUAUUAUGGCAAGAACAGCUCAAAUAAGCAAAGAGAAACGACAGUCCAUCAUUACUUUAAGACAUGAGGGUCAGUAAAUCCGGAACAUUUCAAGAACUUUGAAAGUUUCUUCAAAAACCAUCAAGCGUGAUGAAACUGGAUCUCAUGAGAACCGCCACAGGAAAGGAAGACCCAGAGUUACCUGCAGAGGAUACAUUCAUUAGAGUUACCAGCCUCAGAAAUUGCAGCCCAAAUAAAUGCUUCGCAAAGUUCAAGUAACAGACAUCUCAACAUUUAAAUUUUACAUUUUAGCAGACGCUCUUAUCCAGAGCGACUUACAGUUAGUGAGUGCAUACAUUCUUUUUUUAUUUUUCAUACUGGGAAUCGAACCCACAACCCUGGCGUUGCAAACGCCAUGUUCUACCAACUGAGCUACAUCCCUGCCGGCCAUUCCCUCCCCUACCCUGGACGACACCGGGCCAAUUGUGCGCCGCCCCAUGGGACUCCCGGUCACGGCCGGUUUCGAACCAGGAUCUCUAGUGGCACAGCUAGCACUGCGAUGCAGCGCCUUAGACCACUGCGCCACUCGGGAGGUUACUGUUCAGAGUAGACUGCGUGAAUUAGGCCUUCAUGGUCGAAUUGCUGCAAAGAAACCACUACUAAAGGACACCAAUAAAAAGAAGAGACUUGCUUGUGCCAAAAAACACGAGCAAUGGACAUUAGACCGGUGGAAAUCUGUCCUUUGGUCUGAUGUGUCCAAAUUAGAAAUGUUUGGUUCCAACUGCCAUGUCUUUGUGAGACGCAGAGUAGGUGAACGGAUGAUCUCUGCAUGUGUUGUUCCCACUGUGAAGCAUGGAGGAGGAGGUGUGAUGGUGUGGGGAUGCUUUGCUGGUGACACUGUCGGACCUUGUGAAGAUGCUGGAGGAAACAGGUACAAAAGUAUCUAUAUCCACAGUAAAACGAGUCCUAUAUCGACAUAACCUGAAAGGCCGCUCAGCAAGGAAGUAGCCACUGCUCCAAAACCGCCAUAAAAAAGCCAGACUACGGUUUUCAACUGCACAUGGGGACAAAGAUCGUACCUUUUGGAGAAAUGUCCUCUGGUCUGAUGAAACAAAAAUUGAACUGUUUGGCCAUAAUGACCAUUGUUAUGUUUGGAGGAAAAAGGGGGUAGCUUGCAAGCUGAAGAACACCAACCCAACCCUGAAGCACGGGGGUGGCAGCAUCAUGCUGUGGGGGUGCUUUGCUGCAGGAGGGACUGGUGCACUUCACAAAAUAGAUUGCAUCAUGAGGAAGGAAAAUUACAGUGGGGGAAAAAAAGUAUUUAGUCAGCCACCAAUUGUGCAAGUUCUCCCACUUAAAAAUAUGAGAGAGGCCUGUAAUUUUCAUCAUAGGUACACGUCAACUAUGACCGACAAAUUGAGAUUUUUUUUCUCCAGAAAAUCACAUUAUAGGAUUUUUUAUGAAUUUAUUUGCAAAUUAUGGUGGAAAAUAAGUAUUUGGUCACCUACAAACAAGCAAGAUUACUGGCUCUCACAGACCUGUAACUUCUUCUUUAAGAGGCUCCUCUGUCCUCCACUCGUUACCUGUAUUAAUGGCACCUGUUUGAACUUGUUAUCAGUAUAAAAUACACCUGUCCACAACCUCAAACAGUCACACUCCAAACUCCACUAUGGCCAAGACCAAAGAGCUGUCAAAGGACACCAGAAACAAAAUUGUAGACCUGCACCAGGCUGGGAAGACUGAAUCUGCAAUAGGUAAGCAGCUUGGUUUGAAGAAAUCAACUGUGGGAGCAAUUAUUAGGAAAUGGAAGACAUACAAGACCACUGAUAAUCUCCAUCGAUCUGGGGCUCCACGCAAGAUCUCACCCCGUGGGGUCAAAAUGAUCACAAGAACGGUGAGCAAAAAUCCCAGAACCACACGGGGGGACCUAGUGAAUGACCUGCAGAGAGCUGGGACCAAAGUAACAAAGCCUACCAUCAGUAACACACUACGCCGCCAGGGACUCAAAUCCUGCAGUGCCAGACGUGUCCCCCUGCUUAAGCCAGUACAUGUCCAGGCCCGUCUGAAGUUUGCUAGAGUGCAUUUGGAUGAUCCAGAAGAGGAUUGGGAGAAUGUCAUAUGGUCAGAUGAAACCAAAAUAGAACUUUUUGGUAAAAACUCAGCUCGUCGUGUUUGGAGGACAAAGAAUGCUGAGUUGCAUCCAAAGAACACCAUACCUACUGUGAAGCAUGGGGGUGGAAACAUCAUGCUUUGGGGCUGUUUUUCUGCAAAGGGACCAGGACGACUGAUCCGUGUAAAGGAAAGAAUGAAUGGGGCCAUGUAUCGUGAGAUUUUGAGUGAAAACCUCCUUCCAUCAGCAAGGGCAUUGAAGAUGAAACGUGGCUGGGUCUUUCAGCAUGACAAUGAUCCCAAACACACCGCCCGGGCAACGAAGGAGUGGCUUCGUAAGAAGCAUUUCAAGGUCCUGGAGUGGCCUAGCCAGUCUCCAGAUCUCAACCCCAUAGAAAAUCUUUGGAGGGAGUUGAAAGUCUGUGUUGCCCAGCGACAGCCCCAAAACAUCAUUGCUCUAGAGGAGAUCUGCAUGGAGGAAUGGGCCAAAAUACCAGCUACAGUGUGUGAAAACCUUGUGAAGACUUACAGAAAACGUUUGACCUGUGUCAUUGCCAACAAAGGGUAUAUAACAAAGUAUUGAGAAACUUUUGUUAAUGACCAAAUACUUAUUUUCCACCAUAAUUUGCAAAUAAAUUCAUUUAAAAAUCCUACAAUGUGAUUUUCUGGAAUUUCUUUUCUCAUUUUGUCUGUUAUAGUUGACGUGUACCUAUGAUGAAAAUUACAGGCUUUUCUCAUCUUUUUAAGUGGGAGAACUUGCACAAUUGGUGGCUGACUAAAUACUUUUUUCCCCCACUGUAUGUGGAUAUAUUGAAGCAACAUCUCAAGACAUCAGUCAGGAAGUUAAAGCUUGGUCGGAAAUGGGUCUUCCAAAUGGACAAUGACCCCAAGCAUACUUCCAAAGUUGUGGCAAAAUGGCUUAAGGACAACCAAGUCAAGGUAUUGGAGUGGCCAUCACAAAGCCCUGACCUCAAUCCUAUAGAAAAUGUGUGGGCAGAACUGAAAAAGUGUGUGCGAGCAAGGAGGCCUACAAACCUGACUCAGUUACACCAGCUCUGUCAGGAGGAAUGGGCGAAAAUUCACCCGACUUAUUGUGUGAAGCUUGUGGAAGGCUACCCAAAACGUUUGACCCAAGUUAAACAAUUUAAAGGCAAUGCUACCAAAUACUAAUUGAGUGUAUGUAAACUUCUGACCCACUGAGAAUAUGAUGAAAGAAAUAAAAGCUUAAAUAAAUAAUUCUCUCUACUAUUAUUCUGACAUUUCACAUUCUUAAAAUAAAGUGGUGAUCCUAACUGACCUAAGACAGGGAAUUUUUACUAGGAUUAAAUGUCAGGAAUUGUGAAUGAGUUUAAAUGUAUUUGGCUAAGGUGUAUGUAAACUUCCGACUUCAACUGUAGGUGUGUCCAAACUUUUGACUGGUACUGUAUGUACGUGUUUUUACUAAUGACCUUCCACUGACCUUGAUUAAAGCCUGUGUGUCUAUGUACGCUGACGACUCAACAGUAUACACGUCAACUACGACAGUAAAAGAAAUAACCGACACCCUUAACUUAGAGCUCCAGUCAGUUUUAGAAUGGGUAACUAGCAAUAGGCUGGUGCUAAAUAUCUCAAGAACUAAAAGCAUCGUUUUUGGGACAAAUCACUCGCUCAAGCUAAACCUCAUUUAGAUCUAUUAUUGAAUAAUGUGCCGAUUGAGAAGGUUGAGGAGACUAAACUGCUGGGUAUAACCCGAGAUAGCAUGCUAUCAUGGUCAAAACAUAUAGACUCAAUGGUUGCUAUAAUGGGAAGAGAUCUGUCCAUGAUAAGGCGUUGCUCUGCCUUCUUGACAUCUCAGUCGACCAGACAGGUUCUACAGGCCCUAGUUUUGUAGCGCCUGGACUACUGCCCAGUUGUGUGGUCAUGUGUGGCAAAGAGGGACAGAGGUAAAUUACAGUUGGUCCAGAACAAAGCAGCACGUAUUGUACUUAGAUGUACACAGAGGGUGAAUGUCAGUAACAUGCAUGUCAAUCUUUCCUGACUCAAAGUUGAGGAGAGAUUUGACUGUAUCACUAUUGGUCUUUGUGCAAGGUGUUGAUGUGUUGAAGGUGCCGAUCUGUCUGUUCAAGCAGUUGGCACAGAGUUCAGACACUCAUCGGUACAACACAAGACAUGCAAUCAGAGGUCUCUUCACAGUCCCCAGGUCCAGAACACAGGCUGGGAAACGCACAGUAUUAAAUAGAGACAAGGAACUCUCUGCCACCCCAGGUAACUCAAGCUAUCAAUAAAACCAGAUAAAAAAACCAGAUAAAAGAACACCUUACGGCACAACGGGGACUGUGAAGAGACACAGCCAUUUUUAUAUAUUUUGUAUUGUAAUUUGCACUGUAUUAUGUAGGUAAGUGGCCUUGCACGAGCCUUGGCUCAUAGGGCAGGAACCAUCUCCUUUUUCUGAAGCGUGAGGCAGAGGCAGGAGAUUAUGUAGUAUUAUGUAGUGUUAAGUAGUAUUAUGUAGUAUUAUGUAGUGUUAUGUUUAUUAUGUAUAUUAUAUUAUGUAUAUUAUGUAUUUUCUUUUUCUUUUUGUGUCCUGUUUGGACCCCAAGAGCAAGGCAGUGGCUAAUCGGGGAUCCCAAUAAAAUACUAAAUACUACUACACACACCCAAACACACAUGUAUACAAAGAUAGUAUACCAUUUAUGACCUACAGUACAUCGUUGUGUCCCUUCAAAUUAUUUGCAAAGUACAGUAAAGAGUGUAGGUUUGAAAUGUAUACUAAUGCAAUGGGAUAACUUCACCAGACCUCCCUCUCAACCUCUCCUCUCUGUCCAUACAGCAGAUAUCCUGGUUUACAUCAACGGCGUCUGUGUCCUGGGAACGUCCCACAAAGAAGUGGUAGAGAUGCUGAAGGCAGUGCCUGUGGGCCACAGUGUGGACAUGGUCCUCCGGAGGGGAUACCCCAUGCUCUACAACCCCGACGGCUGCCCCAAGCAGCCCCAUCCUGGGUUCACCAACGUCUGUGACCCCCUCCUCCCACCCACCACCACCCAGCCCCAGCCCUCACACCAGUGCCUCCCCCUCCUCCGCCCAUCCACAGCCCCAACCCAGACCCAGUAUCAUAAUCUCAAUGGGGUCCUUUCUCACCACUAUGACGUGGGUUAUAUGGGUCCAGGAGUGGGGCCAAGACUAGAUGCCAAUGGGAAUGCCACCUCCACAGCUACCCGAUCACCAACCUCUUAUAGACACUCCAGCGGUCAUCUUGCUCACUCCACGGCCUCUACUCCACCAUCGUACAGACUGUCUAGUGGGCACCUUGCUCACUCCGCUGACCCACCCUCAUACAGACGAUCCAGUCGCUACCUAUCUGACUCCACCUCCCCUACGCAACCCUCAUACAGACAAUCCAGUGGAAGCAUCACUCCCACCACCCCCCGCUCACUGAGGGGCCUCGCCCGCCUGCAGGCCUCUGACAACUGCCAGAGUGACAGCGAGGUGGUCUCAGCCAUCGGCUCACACAGGUAGGGUGGAACACCCAGACACACACACACAAACAAUGUAAUUUAGAGGUAAUUUACUCUCAUGGAGAACCCUGACUAUCUAUCUUUCUCUUUUCAUUCUCUGCAGGGCACUCAUGAUUCGUAACCACAACAAUAACUCCCUCUCUACCCCCCCUCAGCCCUUGCACUACAGAACCUCUAAGAGUGACCUGUCUGAGAGCAACCUGUCCACCUCCUCCACCCUCCCUGUGUCCAGACUGCCCAUGCCCCAGUCAGAGACACACCCUCUCUCGUCCUCCCCUGGCGGAGGGGCGUACUCCCGCCUCAUCAGGCCCCAGGCCUCCCUGCUGAGACCCCCUCCCACCUCUGACAGCCCCCACCUCAGCUUCAAUGGCUUCCAUGGCAAUACCAGCGGCAGCGGCAGCCCCAACAGCAUCUCGUCUCCCGGGGCGAUGAGCCUGGGCAGUGGGUUUGGGGUGGGAGGUGGGGUUGGAGGUGGAGGGGAGCUUGUGCCAGUGGCCCUGGCCCAGUGUGAGGGUGGAGGGGGGAUGGGUUUCAGUGUGACGGCCGGGGGACAGGGGGGCAGACUGGCUCUUGUCAAGAGGGUCUGGGACAGGAGGCAGUGCUCCUCCCUACAGCCAGGGGACGCCAUCAUGAAAAUCAACGGAGCAGACGUCCAGAGUCUCAGCUUUGCACAGGUACUGAGGAGGGAAAAGAGCAGAGAAAGAAGAUAAGGAAAGAGAUGGAGAAUAAGUAUAGGGAAAUUUAGAUCAGAGAUAAUAAAGUGAUACUUUUCCAUCCAGGUACAACGGGUUCUCCUCGAACACACCAAACAAGGACAAGUGAUUUUAUUGGUUCACAGAAGAGGUAAGAACAUGAGCUAGUUUCCUGCAAACUUGUCCUCAAGAGUUUUUAUUUAUUUAUAAUAUCUAUUCUCAGCCCAAGUGAUGAAUAGAGACUCAAAACAUUUCUCAAGAAUUUCUUUGUCUUUAGUGAUGUUAUUUAUCUUCUUCAGGUUCCCACUGUUCUUCCAUCUCCCCCAACUCUAUGCGGAGAGUCCCCUCACCACUCCUCCGCCCCCCUCCUCCAGACGUGGCGUCAGACAACAAUCCUUCGCCCCCUGCGGACGUCCUGAUCCUACCCCGUCCCUCCUCCACCCCUCCUCCUCCUCCCCCAGCCAUGGUGCGCUCCUCUCUGGUCCAGAGCACCAGUUUCCUGGAGUCAGUCCCAGUCACCCUCACCAUGGAGCCCAAAGACUGGCUGAACGAGGGCAUGGAGGAUGAGCGGGAAAGGGAGGUGGUGAUCCCAGGACCAGGACAGGAGGUAGGGGGACAGAACCGUGUGCCCCGGGGGUUUGAUGUGGAGCUGAGGAGGAAGCCGGGAGAGGGGUUCGGAUUUGUCAUCGCUUCAGAGGAUGUAGAGAACAGGAAAGGUGAGAAC